GUUCCACCGCGCAUGUUUGUGCGUGUGUGAUAGUCUACACAUUGAUUUAAUCGUAAACGUAUUUACAUAUUUGAGUUAUUAAGGGUUAGCGUUCUGUGGAUUACGCGGUACCAUUUUUGCAAGCUACCUUUAUCGAAAGAGAUCUAGAUUUCAGAACCGGGCGCUGUCCGAAACUGAUUAUACCACAUCGCGUUGAAUUGAUGAUGCUCAGUUCGUGGUGCUGACAUCCUUUGCGCUUUCGCUCUUUCCUUUCCUCUCUGUCCCUCCCUCCCUCCUCCAUCUCCCCCUCCCUUGGUUCUCUCUCAUACGCACAAACCCCUCUGUCAUGGCGUCUUCCAACAAUGUUACCCCCACCAACUGUAGCUGGUGGCCCAUCUCAGCCUUGGAUGAAGACGGUGAAAUGACAGACGGAGAGAAAAGCGAAGAGCCAGCUAUCGAGUCGAAACCAAAUUUCUCUAAAGACAAGCUUGUUUUGUAUCACUGGACGCAGUCUUUCAUCUCUCAAAAGGUGCGUCUGGUGAUCAAUGAGAAGGGUCUGCUGUGUGAAGAGAGGGAUGUGAGUCUCCCUAUAGCCGAGCACAAUGAGCCCUGGUUUAUGAGGCUCAACCUGGGGGAGGAGGUGCCUGUUUUCAUCCACGGAGAUACCAUCGUCUCAGACUACAACCAAAUCAUAGAGUACCUAGAGGCUAACUUUGGGGGAGAAACGGUGGCCCAGCUGAUUCCCGAUGCUGGCUCUCCUGUCCACGAGUGUGUGCAGCAGUACCGUAAGCUGCUGGACGGCCUGCCCAUGGAUGCUUACACACACGGCUGUAUCCUGCACCCAGAGCUCACCACAGACUCCAUGAUCCCAAAGUACGCCACCGCUGAAAUACGUAGACACUUAGCCAAUGCUGCGUCUGAGCUGAUGAAGCUGGACCACGAGGAACCCACGCUGACAGAGCCAUACCUCUCCAAGCAGAAGAAACUCAUGGCAAAAAUAUUGGACCACGAUAAUGUGACGUACCUAAAGAAGAUCCUUGGAGAGUUGGCCAUGGUACUAGAUCAGGUAGAGGCCGAGUUGGAAAAGAGGAAAAUCGAGUAUGAAGGUCAAAAGUGUGAGUUGUGGCUAUGUGGACCUGAAUUUACAUUAGCUGAUGUCUGCCUGGGAGCCUUGUUGCACAGGCUUAAGUUCUUGGGACUCUCAAAGAAAUACUGGGAGGACGGCAGCCGACCCAACCUCCAGUCMUUUUUCGAGCGGGUGCAAAAACGCUACGCUUUCCGMAARGUUYUGGGCGACAUCCACACAACCCUWCUGUCAGCAGUUCUACCYAAYGCAUUCCGAAUGGUAAAAAAGAAGCCACCAUCUUUUUUCGGGGCCUCUUUCCUCAUGGGUUCUCUGGGAGGGAUGGGAUACUUUGCCUAUUGGUUUUUAAAAAAGAAAUAUGUGUAGUGAACACCCCCCCUCCAUGUCUUAAAUGUCUGUGUAUUUGUGUGAUGUUUUAAUUUUUCUGUAAUGUUUUACAACAGGAGGAAAAUAUGAAUCUAUAUAGGGAACACUAUUACUUACCUAGGUGAACAAAGAUAAGAACAUUCCAUACACAAAGGAAUUGUUAACAGCACAUUUUUCUGGUAUUCCAAUGCCUUCAUCUAUUUAAUUUCUGGCUCCCUUCAUCAGAUCUCUAUUAACCUACAGUAUUACUUUCUAAUCAGCUCAUUUUGGAGGCAUGCAUUAUCCCGUUAUUUUAAUUAACGGAACACUUAUUUGUAUGUUUUUAACGAUCAUUAGGGUCAUAUUCCCUACACAUGAGAGAGACAGACAAUGUUUUGACAUUGCAUCGCCAUAUCCAAAGUGGGGCUCAUCCACACCCUGCAUGUCACUAUAGUUUUAUUAAGUCGUUUUUCAUCACAGUUUUGGCGUUCACCUAUUGCCCUUUAUGCCGCUGUUGGCCAUUGGUUUAUUUUAUUAAAUCCUUCUGAUACUUCCUGUGCUGCCAGAAACUGCCAGAUGAGAAGAUAGUGAGACGUCCAGUCAGUCCCAAUUCGCUCCCUUUCCUUUUCCCCCUUGACCAUAAUUCUUGUUUGCAGAUUUGUAAGUUUCACCACUGUUUAUACCAAUCCAGACCCUUCAGAUAUGCAAACAUUGAAGGAUCUGGCCAAAGGAAAGGGGUAAGGAGUGAAUUGGGACUGUAUACAGACACUCUCAGCCAUAUAGAGACACUCCCUUUAAAGCACUAUGAGAGUAUAUGCACUCCAUCAAUUCAUUCAUUAAUAAAAUGUGAUUGUCAUUUCUCACACCACAGGCUUGAGCUGAUCAUGAAGUGAUCUCUGACUUUAAAGUCAGAGAGGAUGGGUCUGAUAGAGAAAUACUAUAAGGGUCAAUUGAGCCGUCCGCAAUAUUGAGCGAGGAAUCACUCAGUGGCUUUUGACAGUGUCCAUACAGAGUGACUAUGAAAUUAUACAUUGUUCAGUUAAAUAGUCACAUAAAUAGCUGACAUGGUUGGUUUGAUCCUAGCAACAUUGAGCAGCACCAGUUUUAGUUCAAUAAUCCAAGCUUUUUUUUCAUGACUUGUAUGACUAGCCAUUUAAACUAAACCUCUUCUUAGAAAACUAUUGUAUAGGUCAGUUAGACUCCAGAGGAUUUGGGUUGCAAAAUUCUGGGAACUUUCAACACAUUCCCUGGUUUUUCCAGAAGUCCUAGUUGGAGGAUUCCGGAUUUCCUGCUUAUUCUCUCCAGGAUUCCCGGAAUUAGGAGAGAAUAAGCAGGAAAUCCAGAAUCC